CUUCCGGGCACUUGUCACAUGUGUUGUGAGACUAGCGGGAAUCAGCUGAUUUAAAUACCCCAUUGGCGUCAAUGUGUGACCAAUGUGUUCGCGUACGUUUUUAGUUGUUUUUCUUAGCGGAUUUAUAAUUUCUCUCCUCCUCAACUAUGUACUGGACUCGCUGAAAGGUGUUGAAAAACAUGGCAAUGACAAGGAGACGCUAGACCUGGCGGUGUGCAUUAUGUCAGCAAGACACAACUUUCAACAAAGGCAAGCAAUAAGAGAGACCUGGCUGAUGGAUCUCCCAAUGAUCACAAGCAAACAUGUAAAGGCUUUCUUCGUUGUGGGAGAUGCAGCCUGUGAUAUCCCACCUCCUGAUCGACUUGACCCGCACACCUGUGAAGAGUGGACACCGGAGGUACCAGACAAUUCAGACAUUGCGACUUUCUCCCUGCAAAAGAUACACACAGAGGAAGUGUCCAGCCAAACUGUCAUACGAAGAUUAGCCAUAUCGGUUUUGCACCCUGUUACAUUCAAAAGACUAGGCAUCCGACAUACCUUCAAAGGGCCGGUGUCUGUCACUCUGUGGGAUGGUGUAACAGAUGAGGAACUUGUGACUGUUGUCUUCAACAGAAUGGAUCCUGGUAUAGAAUACCAAGGCUACAGGUACCAGCCCAUACAGCCCAUUCUUCUCCCAAAGCCACACACACAUCUACAGAUUGCUGUAUGAGUCUGUGCUGAACCAUCGAGUCAACACCCCUG